AUGUCGUCUCCUAAGAAAAAGCCACUUAUGGAAGAAACGUCCCUGAAAGGGGAGGGGGUAGAGGAAGACGUGGGCACUGAGAAAGAGCCAUGGUCAAAAGAAAAGGAGGAUGAAAAGGAAGACGAAGGUACGAAGGAAAAACCAAAGUCGAAAGAAAAGUCACCGAACGGGAAGGAUGCCUACGUCAGCUCCUCAGCUCCCCGGACCGAACCCAACAUCUACACCGCAGCUCCAAAGCCCCCAAAAGGGAAAGAAGAGGUGGAAACCCACAAAAAAGAUCCGAAAGUCAAGCACAAGGAUGCCAAGCCUACCAACAAUGCGUAUGAACAUACGUUCGCCAAGACACCCAAAAAGGAGGCAUCUUCUGGUUUGUAUGGGAACAGAAAGCGUGCCGCUGCUCGUAACUACACACCCCUCGAGCCGCGCUACCUCCACAUGGGGGACCACGUCGUGGCGUGUUCGGGGCACAAGGAAGAUUCCAGCUCAGAUGUCAACGACAAGUCAGAAAACGUCUACAACCACCCCGAGGAAGUAAGCUUUUGGUACAAGGCUAAAGAUCGUGUUAAGGAAAUGUGGAACCGUAUGGUAUCCGGCAGGGUGUUCUGGCUUACACUUGGGUGCUCCCUUCUGAUCAUUGGGUCAUGUGUUACCGCUACCAUCCUGGCUACUUAUCUUGUACCUGAGAAGAAGAGCGAAGAUGCCGUGUUGGUCGGAGCGCUCGCCGGUCAGAAGAAGACGGGUACCCCUUGGGUGAUGACGCCUGACAGGGAUGACAACUCUACCGUUCCCUACUCGACUGCGCCCUCGGUCCCGCCCUCGGCCCCACCCUCGGCCUUGCCACUGAAGCUCACGAAGCCAGGCACUCCCUUGUCGACGAUUCUACACAAGGAAAACGGCUCCGAAGUUGCUAAUUCGACUUCAUCCUCUUCACCACCGAUGAAAAUGAAGUCCAGUGCUCCUCAACUGACGACGCUCUACAAGGGAAACAUCUCGACUUCUGUCGUUCCGACGUCGCCUUCUGCAUUUGGAUCAAACUCUGUUGCAAACACCAACUUGACUGCAACCUUGCCAACAACCGCCGGGCCUCUGACUACCACAGACGUGGAUGAAUGUGCCAAGAAGCCCUGUCUGCAUGGGGCCUGCGUGAACCAAGAUGGCGGAUACAACUGCACCUGCACUCCUGGAUGGACUGGACAGAAUUGUCAGCAUGAUGUAAACGAGUGUACCGGAAACCCAUGUCAACAUGGACGCUGUGAGAACCAAAAUGGCAGAUACAACUGUACCUGCACUUCCGGAUGGACUGGACAGAAUUGUCAGCAAGAUAUCAAUGAGUGCACCAGCAAACCCUGUCAACAUGGAACUUGUGUGGACAAAGAUGGCGGAUUCAAAUGCACCUGCAAACCUGGAUGGACUGGACAGAACUGUCAGCAAGACAUUGAUAAGUGUACCAGCAAACCCUGCCAACAUGGGACCUGUGUGAACCAAGAUGGCGGAUACAAAUGCACCUGUGACCCUGGAUGGACUGGAAAGAACUGUCAGCAAGACGUCAAUGAGUGCACCAGCAAACCCUGCCAACAUGGAACCUGUGUGAACCAAGAUGGCGGAUACAAAUGCACCUGUGACCCUGGAUGGGAUGGAAAGAACUGUCAGCAAGACAUAAAUGAGUGUGUCAGGAACCCUUGUCAACAUGGAAGCUGUGUGAACCAAGGUGGCGGAUACAAAUGUACCUGCACUCCUGGAUGGACUGGACAGAACUGUCAGCAAGACAUUGAUGAGUGUACCAGCAAACCCUGCCAACAUGGACGCUGUAUGAACCAAGAUGGCGGAUACAAAUGUACCUGCUCACAUGGAUGGACUGGACAAAACUGUCAGCAAGACAUAAAUGAGUGUGCCAGACACCCAUGUCAACAUGGAAGCUGUGUGAACCAAGAUGGCGGAUACAAAUGCACCUGUGACCCUGGAUGGACUGGACAGAACUGUCAGCAAGACAUCAAUGAGUGUACCAGCAAACCCUGCCAACAUGGCCGCUGUGUGAACCAAGAUGGCGGAUACAAAUGCACCUGUGACCCUGGAUGGGAUGGAAAGAACUGUCAGCAAGGCAUCAAUGAGUGUGUCAGGAACCCAUGUCAACAUGGCCGCUGUGUGAACCAAGGUGGCGGAUACAAAUGUACCUGCGCUCCUGGAUGGACUGGACAGAACUGUCAGCAAGACAUAAAUGAGUGUGCCAGGAACCCAUGCCAACAUGGACGCUGUGUGAACCGAAAUGGUGGAUUCAAAUGCACCUGCUCACAUGGAUGGACUGGACAGAACUGUCAGCAAGACAUCAAUGAGUGUGCCAGCAAACCCUGCCAACAUGGGACCUGUGUGAACCAAGAUGGCGGAUACAAAUGUACCUGUGACCCUGGAUGGGAUGGAAAGAACUGUCAGCAAGACAUAAAUGAGUGUAUCAGGAACCCAUGUCAACAUGGGACCUGUGUGAACCAAGGUGGCGGAUACAAAUGUACCUGCACUCCUGGAUGGACUGGACAGAACUGUCAGCAAGACAUUGAUGAGUGUACCAGCAAACCCUGCCAACAUGGACGCUGUAUGAACCAAGAUGGCGGAUACAAAUGUACCUGCUCACAUGGAUGGACUGGACAAAACUGUCAGCAAGACAGUCAUUUUCGUUUUCACACAGACAUAAAUGAGUGUGCCAGGAACCCAUGUCAACAAGGACGCUGUGUGAACCAAGAUGGCGGAUACAAAUGUACCUGUGACCCUGGAUGGACUGGACAAAACUGUCAGCAAGACGUGAAUGAGUGUGACGUCGGGAAACCGUGUCGACAUGGAAGCUGUGUGAACCAAGAUGGCGGAUACAAAUGCAACUGUAAACCUGGAUGGACUGGACUGUCCUGUCAGAAAGACGUGGAUGAGUGUUACGUCACGAAACCGUGUCGACGUGGGACCUGUGUGAACCAAAAUGGCGGAUACAAAUGCCACUGCUUACCUGGAUGGACUGGACAGAACUGUCAGGAAGACGUGAAUGAGUGUACCAGAAACCCAUGUAAACAUGGAAGCUGUGUGAACCAGUAUGGCGGAUACAAAUGCACCUGUGCUCCUGGAUUGACUGGAAAGAAUUGUCAGCAAGACAUGAAUGAGUGUAACAGACACCCAUGUCAACAUGGCGGCUGUGUGAACCAAAACGGCGGAUACAAGUGUACCUGCUCACCUGGAUGGACUGGACAGAACUGUCAGCAACCCGUGAACCAGUGUACGAGAAACCCAUGCCAACAUGGACGCUGUGUGAACCAAGAUGGCGGAUACAAAUGCACCUGUGACCCUGGAUGGACUGGACAGAACUGUCAGCAAGGCAUGAGCCAGUGUACCAGAAACCCAUGUAAACAUGGAAGCUGUGUGAACCAAUACCAAUUCAGAGGAUACAAAUGUCUCUGCUCACCUGGAUGGACUGGACAGAACUGUCAAAUUGAAGUCAAACAGUGUAAGGCUGGAUGGAAGGAACAUGACAACAACUGCUACAAGCUGAUGACACAUAAAGUCAGCUGGAAUGAAGCGAACAAACAGUGCAAGAACUUGGGUGCAAAUCUCGCUUCCGUCCGAAAGCAACAGGAUGUAAAAGUUUCUGAAAGACUUCGCCUCUACAGCUCCUGAGGGCCAGGGAGCAUUUAAUCUCCCGCAGGUCUGGAUUGGACUGAAACUUCACGGCAGUGAAUGGAAAUGGCCGGAUGGAUCGCCGCUUACCUACGCGAGAUGGGCUCCGAGAGAACCUUCCAAAUGCUUCGGCGUCUUCAACUGCGAACCAUGUGUCGGAAUGUACUUCAAAGUACGCGUUGUCUUUUCUUCAUUUUGUUUAAUUUAACUCAGCUGUUCUCAUGGUUAGCGAAACAAGCCUUGUCCCAGGAUUCAGAGGAUGCCAUUCAUAUACAUGAUCUUAGAUCCGACUCUUUUCCAACAAAAUUGAAACAGAGAAAUCAGUUACAGUAUAACUUUA